CUGGUAGCACUCCUCCUACUGGCGGUAUGCCUCCCACUGGUGGCACUCCCCCAUCUGGCGGUACUCCUCCUACUGGUGGCACUCCCCCGACUAGCGGUACUCCUCCUACUAGUGGAACUCCCCCCAGUGGCGGUAACACAGCUUGCGAGGGUGACAACACCUGCACUUCUGAAGAAACGAGCAACACAAAUGGCAACAAGACGGGAACAAACAAGGGAGGCAAUAGCUCUUCCAGCUCUUCCAGCUCUUCUAGCUCUUCUUCCUCGAGCAGCUCUUCAUCUUCUACUACUGGCGGAACUCCCGGGUGCACUGAAUGCGAAAACCCCCCUCCUGAGGACUGCGAAGAGUAAGCGGGCUCAUACUGGAUGGGUGGUGGCGCCAAAGGUGAGAACCAAAAUGUUUUCCAGGGUGCUCCGUCUUUCCUUCCUUUGUAACUUAGUCCCGACUGUGUUUCUCUAAGCUGGAUGCUGGAUUCGAUUAUUGUUUGUUGGAUUUCUAUAACUUGUCACUCAUUUACGUGUAAUCGGUAAUUCUCUCUUUUGCCCGUCGUUCGUUUACCACAAUAUGGCUUGAGAUAAUGCAGU